UCUCACUACUUUUUUUUUUUCGUUCUUACUGCACAAACCUACUCUCUCACUCUCCGUCAAAUUCCCAAGAUCGAUCGCGAAUUCGCGCACGGAAAAAGAAAAAAUCCAUCGAAAUGAACGCGAAAUCGCCGGAGGAUAUUCUGGAUCUGCCGCUGAGCGAGUUUGGAUUCGUGUUCGAGGAGGCCUCCGCCGCGAGAGUCGCCGGACGGAUGGCCGUUACGGAGAAGUGCUGUCAGGCGUUUAAGGUGUUGCACGGCGGAGUAUCGGCUUGCAUCGCCGAGGGGAUCGCCAGCUACGGCGCCGUCGUGGCCUCCGGCUACAAUCGCGUCGCCGGAAUCCAUCUAUCCAUCCACCAUCUCCGCCCCGCCAAUCUCGGCGACUCGAUCUUCGCCGAGGCUUUUCCGGUCUCCUCCGGCAAAAAUAUCCAGGUGUGGGAGGUCCGGUUAUGGAAAACCGGGAAAACCGGUGAACCGGAUAAGAAGAAAAUGGUAUCGACAGCCCGGGUUACGCUCUUCUGCGGAUUGCCCUUACCGGAUCAUGUCAAAGAUGCUCCCGACAAGAUGAAGUCCUUUUUGUCGAAAUUAUAAAAUUUUAUCUCCCGUACAUUUAUUCUCUUUUACAAAAAAAAAAUAUAUCGUUGAACUUUGUUUAUAUUUGCUUAUCCUUUCCAAUUUCACGCAAAUAAUAGAGAAUAUUUAAAUUUUCUUGGUU